AUGGAGCAGGAAUCCAAUGUCGCGAAACCUGUGCAGAAGUCUGCCUCCGAUCUGAUGCAAGACACGCUGAACAGUACGAGCAAGACUUUGGUUUGGCUGCAGGCUCAUUACCAGGGCAUCGACCGGACGGACUCCAGCAAGGGCAAGAAGGAGCCCUUGGACCUGUGGAGAUUCCAGCAGGGCGACCAGCCAGCUUGCCCCACAUCGGGCAGUUUCACCUCCGAUCAUCGAGACGGGUCUCAAAGCGAGGCCUUCUCUAAGGAUUCAGAGAUUGUCUCCGAAGCUCGCUUCGGGCAGCUCGGGGCCAAAGAUGCAGCGAGCUUGGCGGGGGAGGACACUGCCGAAGAGAUGGAGGUGACCUUCUCGGAGAAGUCGAGACCAUCGAGGCAGUGCGCCAGUGCCGGGUCCAGCAGUGAGGAAUCCUGGGCGAAGCCAAAGGGACCUUGUGAGGACCAGCCGGGACGGUAUGUCAUCAUCCACGACAGUACCUUCGUCUCCGAAGCUCCAACGGUGCCUAGGGAGGAG